CUUGGAAUGGAAACAGCCCGUUAUUUCUGCUUCGCAAAUUAGCACCAUUCACUGACUGUACUGUUAAGCGCACCAGCAGCAGCAUGGCCACAGCUCAGUCAACGUUAAUGUUUGCUGUAUCCGUCUUGAUGAUAACAGAACUAAUACUGGCCAAAAAGGACUAUUAUGAAAUUUUGGGUGUACCCAAAGAUGCUACAGAGCGGCAAAUUAAGAAGGCUUUUCACAAGCUAGCUGUGAAAUAUCAUCCAGACAAGAACAAGAGCCCUGAUGCAGAGACAAAGUUCAGAGAAACUGCAGAGGCAUAUGAAACACUCUCAGAUGAGAAAAGGAGGAGAGAGUAUGAUCAGUUAGGACGGGGCGCUUUCUCCGGUGAAGGCAUGAGAGGUGGAGGCCAGUACUUCCACCAGUACUUUGAUUUUAACUUUGAUGAUAUGUUCAAAGACUUUGACAUCUACAGCCAGAACAGGCAUGCCCGGCCCAAAAGGCACUUUGAGGACCAUUUCAGGGCUCACCAGCAAUCACACAGCCGCCACAAGAGGCACUUCCAAGGAGCCUUUGGUGCUGGGAUCUUUGAUGAGCUCACUGACGACAUGGAGAGGAUGUUUACAUUUGACAGACACACCAAGCGGACCGAGAACCGCUUUCAAGGCACGGCCAAACAGCACUGCAGAACUGUGACUCAGAGAAGGGGGAAUAUGGUGACCACCUACACUGACUGUACAUCUUCCUGAACUCCAGAGUGGAUUAUGGCCACCAGAUAAUAGCAGUCAUUCUAUGGCUAUUUUGUUUAGUUAAUUUAUGAACUUGCUGCUGUGGUGAGUGAAGUUUGAUAUUGUUUUUGAGUGACUGGGAGGAUUCUCAGUUCAUAUGGUGACACUGACAGGUGACAUUACUUUAAACAGAGUAUGCUGCACGCUGAUUUAUGAAAUAAGGUGACUAAUAUGAAGCAUACUUAGAUUUAAUUGUUAAAUUCAAAAUCCCUAAAUGGCUAAUGAUUUGUGCUAAUAACUAUAAACAAUUAUCUUGCCUAUCUUAGACAUUUAUUAUUCAUCAGCCCACCACUUUGCUAAAAUACCUUUAGUUCAUAAUUAGAAUAAAAGGAAAUUGAUCAUGGGCAGUUAUUUAUAAUUGGAUUACAGACCAGCAGUUAGAUCAUGGCACAAACCAGGAUUUUUUGGUGAGUUCUCAUUUAAAACAAAACAUCAUCCAAUAGGGAUGUUCCUUGUUUCUCAUAUUAUUGAACAGUUUUGACUUUAGGCUUAAGUUAUCCAGCUAAAUGAUAAAUGCUUCUUUUUGACAUAUUUCCAGGCUAUCCUUAGUAUGGUUAUCCCUGGUUUGGUUAUGUGAUAGAAAGGAAAAACCCCAAGUGAUAUAAUUCCUAAUCUGUUAACUUCUGAUGAACAAUGCACAUAAACACAUGGUAAAUAUUAAUUUGCUUUAGAGUAUUAGUAUUUGCUGUUUAUUGGAAGGUUUAACUUUUUUUAAUUUAUUUAUUUUUUUUUUAUUUCCAGACUCUUAAUUCUUGAAUUUGAGGUGCCUUUUUCCAUUCUUCUGAAGUAUAUUCAGAUUCAUUGUAAAAGUAAUGUUAAAGUACAGAAAUACUUAAGUUCUUUGCUGUGUUCAUUUUAUUCCAAGGUUGUUUGAUGUAUUUAGUUUUGUAAAUUACAUCUCAAGUUGCCCAAUGUGGGUUUGAUUUUGUUUUAAGUUUAAUCAUAUUAACAGUUUUUGCAAUUUUGAUAUUAUCCAAUCCUGAAAUCAUUUGGAAAAUUUGAAAAAUGUAGUGCAAUAUUAACAAAUUUGGAUGGAUCUACUACUGCAUAAGUUUUAAAAUGUAAUCGGGUAAAACAAGGAUAUUUUAAAGAUGCAUUUAUUUUUAAAUUGGCUUCUUUCUACUCAGUUUAUCAAUAAAACUUGCCAAACCAAAGCCAUUGAUGAUAACAUGUUCAGAGUAACUGAUUUCACAUGAUCUUGUUACACCUUGAUUCAGCCUGAGCAAUAUGAAAAUGAAAAGCCCAAAGCAAAUUGAUCCCAAAAACUGCAACGUAACCUUAAGCAUUUGCCUGAGCCCAUGAGUGUCACUCCUGAAAAAUUGUAUUGUCUAGAAUGCAUGGAACAAUACUAUUGUUUUAUUUUCUUGUUAUGAUGUAAAUAAUAUAUCUAGUUCACUUGUGUUCCUGUAUGACAAAUCACAUUUUACCUCAUUUUUCACAUGGAAUAAUUUUGUUCUUGUGCAAUAUUUUAUGCCAGCUGUUCUGUUAAUACCACUGUUACUUGCUGGCCUAUCAUUAUUGAACUGACUAAGAUAACCCAUUGUACACUUGCCUUAUUUAAAUCCUAUGGAUAAAGCUUAAAUCUGAAUGACUAAAUUCAAACCCAAAUGUAUGUACUUGGGUGGAAUAAAUGAUGAAAAACUA